AUGGAGAGGCAUGAGGACUGUAAACAAGCUUUGGAAGGAAAACAAGGUAUCAAAGGGUUAGAGAGAAUGGGUGCUGUGGAGUGUGGUGUGGAACAAGAAAAAGGAAUGGAAACAGGGACAAGUAGAGGCAUUUUUCAAGAUAAGUAUGAGUAUAAUUGCAUGGAAGUGGAAGAGGCAAUAAUUGAUAUUUACAUGGAAGUUGAAGAGGUAAUAGAUUUUUAUUUUUGUUUUUUAAUCAGUGACUUUUUUGAACGAACCAUUCUGUGCAACAGUCUUGUGUGGAGUUGUGCUGUGACGGGUAGACCUGGACUGACCUAUCAGGAAGCACUUGAGUCAGAAAAAAGAGCAAGACAGAAUCUUCAGAGUUUUCCAGAACCACUAAUUAUUCCAGUUUUAUACUUGACCAACCUUACCCAUCGUUCACGCUUACAUGAAAUUUGUGAUGAUAUUUUUGCAUAUAUCAAGGAUCGAUAUUUUGUUGAAGAAACUGUGGAAGUCAUUAGGAACAAUGGUGCAAGGAAAAGAGAAAUUGUGGAAGACUCCUUACUUUUUGCCUUUAUCAGGAGCCUCAGGACACCCCCAAGAAUACAUGUCCCUUCUGGCGUCACAUCUACUUGUGUAACUUUUGGUAUUGAGUUCAAUUUUGGGAUGAUGGAAGUGAAUGGGAAGAAACAAGAUGCAAUUGAUCCCUUAUUAUUCAAGUACAAGGUGCAAGCCACUAAAAAAGAAUUAUUUGAGUGUGCUAUUGUUAAAGCCACACAAAUCAGCCGGAGAAAACACCUAUUUUCUCGUGAUAAACUAAAGCUUUUUCUAAAGCAACACUGUGAAACACAAGAUGGAGUCAUUAAAAUUAAGAAGUGUGAGGCCAGUCUUGCUAAUAAACAGACUAUUGGAAAUUAUAGGAAUAAAGCUACUAAAGAAAGAGACAAACUUUUGAAACAAGAAGAAAUGAAAUCACUGGCUUUUGAAAAGGCUAAAUUAAAAAGAGAAAAAGCAGAUGCCCUAGAAGCAAAGAAAAAAGAAAGGGAAGAUAAAGAGAAAAAGAAGGAAGAGUUGAAAAAAAUUGUUGAAAAAGAGAGAAUGAAGAAAAAAGAAGAAAAAGAAAGGCUUAAAAUAGAAAGAGAAAAGGAAAGAGAGAAGUUACGUGAAGAAAAGCGAAAAUAUAUAGAACACUUAAAACAGUGGAAUAAACCUAGAGAAGAUAUGGAAUGUGAUGAUCUUAAGGAACUUCCAGAACCAACUCCAGUGAAAACUAGACUACCUCCUGAAAUCUUUGGUGAUGCGCUGAUGGUUUUAGAGUUCCUUAAUGCAUUUGGGGAACUUUUUGAUCUUCAAGAUGAAUUUCCUGAGGGAGUAACCCUAGAAGUGUUAGAGGAAGCUCUUGUAGGAAAUGACAGUGAAGGCCCACUAUGUGAAUUGCUUUUUUUCUUCCUGACUGCCAUCUUCCAGGCGAUAGCUGAAGAAGAAGAGGAAGUUGCCAAAGAGCAAAUAACUGAUGCUGACACCAAAGAUUUAACAGAGGCUUUGGAUGAAGAUGCAGACCCCACAAAAUCUGCACUGUCUGCAGUUGCAUCUUUGGCAGCUGCUUGGCCCCAGUUGCACCAGGGCUGCAGUUUGAAAAGUUUGGAUCUUGAUAGCUGCACCCUUUCUGAAAUCCUCAGACUGCACAUCUUAGCUUCAGGUGCUGAUGUAACAUCAGCAAAUGCAAAGUACAGAUAUCAAAAACGAGGAGGAUUUGAUGCUACAGAUGAUGCCUGUAUGGAGCUUCGUUUAAGCAAUCCCAGUUUAGUAAAGAAACUGUCAAGCACUUCAGUAUACGAUUUGACACCAGGAGAAAAAAUGAAGAUACUUCAUGCUCUCUGUGGGAAACUACUGACCCUAGUUUCUACUAGGGAUUUUAUUGAAGAUUACGUUGAUAUAUUACGACAGGCCAAGCAGGAGUUCCGGGAGUUAAAAGCAGAACAACACCGAAAAGAACGGGAAGAAGCAGCUGCUAGAAUUCGUAAAAGGAAGGCAGAGAAACUUAAGGAGCAAGAACAAAAAAUGAAAGGAAAACAAGAAAAACUGAAGGAAGAUGAGCAAAGAAAUUCAGCUGCAGAUAUGUCAAUUGGGGAGGAAGAAAGAGAAGAUUUUGAUACUAGCACUGACAGCAAAGAAAUAGAGCAAAAGGAACUAGAUCAAGAUACAGUCACCGAAGAUGAAGAUGACCCAGGAUCACAUAAAAGAAGCAGAAGAGGGAAAAGGGGACAAAAUGGAUUUAAAGAAUUUACAAGACAAGAAGAGAUCAGCUGUUUAACAAGAGAGCCUCUUACUACUGAUGAGGAAGAAGCUUUAAAACAGGAACACCAACGAAAAGAGAAAGAGCUCUUAGAAAAAAUCCAAAGUGCCAUAGCAUGCACUAAUAUCUUUCCCUUGGGACGUGACCGGAUGUAUAGGCGAUAUUGGAUUUUCCCUUCUAUUCCUGGAUUGUUUAUUGAAGAGGAUUAUUCUGGUCUCACUGAAGACAUGCUGUUGCCUAGACCAUCAUUUCAGAAUAAUGUACAGUUUCAAAAUGCUCAGGUAUCCACUAAAACUGGAGAGUCUUUGAUGUCUGAAUCUACCUCCAACAUUGACCAAGAUCCAUGUGAUGAUUCUGUGCAACUGCCAAAACCAGUGCAUAAGCCAAAUCGGUGGUGCUUUUACAGUUCUUGUGAACAGCUAGAACAGCUUAUUGAAGCUCUUAAUUCUAGAGGACAUAGAGAAAGUGCCUUAAAAGAAACUUUGUUACAAGAGAAAAGCAGAAUAUGUGCACAGCUAGCCCGUUUUUCUGAAGAGAAAUUCCAUUUUUCAGACAAACCUCAAAUUGAUAGCAAACCUACAUGUACUCGGGCAAGAGCUUCCAAUGCAUAUGAUCCAUCUCAGAUGUCUGCAGAGAGGCAGCUUGAAUUGAGGCUGAGAGAUUUUCUUUUGGAUAUUGAAGACAGAAUCUACCAAGGAACAUUAGGAGCAAUAAAGGUUACAGAUCGACACAUCUGGAGAUCAGCAUUAGAAAAUGGACGGUAUGAGCUGUUAAUUGAAGAAAACAAGGAAAAUGGGAUAAUUAAAACUGUGAAUGAAAAUGUUGAAGACAUGGAAAUUGAUGAGCAAGCAAAGGUCAUAGUAAAAGACAGACUUUUGGGCAUAAAAACAGAAACUCCAAGUACCGUCUCAACAAAUGCAAGUACACCGCAGUCAGUGAGCAGCGUGGUUCAUUAUCUGGCAAUGGCACUCUUUCAAAUAGAGCAAGGCAUUGAGCGGCGUUUUCUCAAAGCUCCACUUGAUGCCAGUGACAGUGGGCGUUCUUAUAGAACAGUCCUGGACCGUUGGAGAGAGUCCCUUCUUUCUUCUGCUAGUCUAUCCCAAGUCUUUCUUCACCUCUCCACCUUGGAUCGAAGUGUGAUAUGGUCUAAGUCUAUACUGAACGCUCGUUGUAAGAUCUGCCGAAAGAAAGGUGAUGCUGAAAACAUGGUACUUUGUGAUGGCUGUGAUCGGGGUCAUCAUACUUACUGUGUUCGACCAAAGCUCAAGACUGUGCCUGAAGGAGAUUGGUUUUGUCCAGAGUGUCGGCCAAAGCAACGUUCUAGAAGACUUUCCUCUAGACAGAGACCAUCCUUGGAAAGUGAUGAAGAGAUGGAAGACAGUAUGGAAGGUGAAGAUGAUGAAAUUGAUGGUGACUAUGAAGAGGGUCAAAGUGAGGAGGAAGAGUAUGAGAUAGAACAAGAUGAAGAUGACUCCCAAGGAGAGGAAGAAAUCAGCCCACCAAAACGAGGAAGACCACAAGUUAGAUUGCCAAUUAAAACAAGAGGGAGACUUAACUCUUCUUUUACAAGUCGUGGCCAACAAGAUCCUAGAAGGUAUACUUCAAGAAGUCAGCAGAGUACACCCAAAACAUCUGUUUCUUCUAAAACUACUAGUAGAAGCCUAAGGAAGAUAAAGUCUGCUCCUCCUACAGAAACUAAAUCUUUAAGAAUUGCCAGUCGUUCUACUCGCCAGAGUCAUGGUCCAUUGCAAGCAGAUGUAUUUGUGGAACUACUUAGUCCUCGUAGGAAACGUAGAGGCAGGACAAGUGCUAAUAGUACACCAGAAAAUAGUCCCAACUUGCCUAACUUCAGAGUCAUUGCCACAAAGUCAAGUGGACAGUCAAGAUCUCUAAAUGUUGCUUCAAAACUUUCUCUCCAAGAUAGUGAAUCCAAGAGAAGAGGCAGGAAAAGACAAUCUGCAGAAUCAUCUCCUGUGACACUGAAUCGAAGAAGUUCAGGCCGACAGGGAGGAGUUCAUGAAUUGUCUGCUUUUGAACAACUUGUUGUAGAAUUGGUACGGCAUGAUGACAGCUGGCCUUUUUUGAAACUCGUUUCUAAAAUCCAGGUUCCAGACUAUUAUGACAUCAUCAAAAAACCCAUUGCCUUAAAUAUAAUUCGUGAAAAGGUGAACAAAUGUGAAUAUAAAUUAGCAUCUGAGUUUAUUGAUGAUAUUGAAUUAAUGUUUUCGAACUGCUUUGAGUACAACCCUCGUAACACAAGUGAAGCAAAAGCUGGAACAAGGCUUCAAGCAUUUUUCCAUAUUCAGGCUCAAAAACUUGGACUUCACGUCACACCUGGGAAUGUGGAUCAAGUUAGCACUCCACCAGCUACAAAAAAGUCACGAAUCUGAUUUUGUCCUUCUAAAGGAUAUAUUUGAGGAAAACAAAUUAUUCGUGAAAUGGAACAUUAAAUCAUGCUACAAAGCAGACAUAUAUGUAUAAAGCAAUAACAACUGAUUGACCACUUUGAAGUGUGGCCUGCACUAUAUUCUCAAUUUUAAUAUUAAGCACUCAGGAGAAUGUAGGAAAGAUUUCCUUUGCUACAGUUUUGUUCAGUACCUGAUAAGUUUGACAGAUGUAUUGGAUACAGUACUGGUUUACAGAGGUUUUUGUACAUUUUGAGAUCAUUCAUGUGUCCCAAUAUCUUGGAAAAUAUUUUUUCACCUGUGAUUUAUUUUGUCAUUGAUGACUUUUCUUAGACAUGUGGUAUUAAGAGAGAUUUAUCUACACAGAUAAAUCUUCUGUUUAUAGCACAGAAAAAAAAAGUGUAUAUGUCCAAAAAUCUUUAAUGAGCACAUUCUUUCAACACUACACAUGAAUGAAUCUAAUUUUAUAUCCUUGAAGUGCUGGACCAGUGCUGGCUAGAGGUAUUAAGUCUGAGUUUAUUAACUAGAUAUUUAUUUAGCAUUCAGAAUUAAUUUGUGAAUUUGUUUUGUAUUUAUAAAAUUUGUAUCUGGAAAAUGUUCUUUAAUUUUUUAAACGUUUUAUUGUUUUUGUUUUAUUUCUCUUAACUUCAUUAAUGAGAAUUCAAUAAAAGGUAACACCCUUUUCCCUGACAGUUCUUCCAGUUUUACAGAAUAAGUUUCUGUGUACAACUUUUUAAGUGUACAAAUAAAGUGAUACAUUUUUUCAAAUA